UCGGUCGUUAUAUAUAUAUUUUUCUCUUUCCCUUGUUAUCGCACACGCGACACUUUAUUUUUUCCUCCCAAAAAAUUUAUUUUUAACAAAUUAUUUUUCCAUUUUUAAAUAUUUUAUUUAUUUUAUUACUAAUCAAUAAUUAAUUUUGCAAAAAAAAAAAAUUGAAGUUUUUGAACUUGUCUCUAUUGACAUUGUGACAAUGAUUAUUAUUGGUGGUAAUGUGUUUAAAAGUGAAAAAAAAAUUGUGAACUAAAAAAACUUAAAAAUUGAAAAAAGGGAUUUUUUUACAUAUGCCUGUUAGUAGCUGAGGAAGGAAUUAUUUUUUUGAAAAAAAAUGCUAAAGUGGACGGUAUCGAGAUCUUUGUCUACGGCCAGUUCUACCCCCCAUGGACCACCUAAUAUUAAUAAGACGUCCCGCAGACCUUUUCGUGAUCUCUCCAAUACUCCACCAGCCGCUGGCUCUAAAACGAAAAGCAACAUUCCCAAUGCUCAAAAUCCUUCUGCAGGAAUUAAACCCACACCUGGACGUAGACGACGAUGUCGCAGUCAUGGUAGCGAUCUAAGAGGGUACUUUCAGGCAACGAAGACGAGUUUCAGAUCAACGAAGCGACAAUCGCUUCUUCAUGAUUUACAGCAGAAAUCCUCGGAGCCAACUGAAAGUUUUUAUCUAAGUACGCCAAGAGUAGACGCUGAUAUUCCACUCACUUUGUUUCCAAGUAGUGAGUCACGAAGCAGCAACAACAACAACAAUGAGACAGCUUUAACUUUAGCAUUAGAUCCACCAUCACCAUUAACGACAACAAGUUCAAGAAACUUUCCAAGUAGCAAUGAACUGCCACAGAAUAUCGUUAACGAGGCACGUGCCAAUCGACAAUCUCAUGUGUCUGAUUUCUUUCAAAAAAUUGCAAUUGCCGCAAGUCCUGAGGAUAUUAUGGAAGCUGAUUCAGUGCCAUUAUGUAAACGGCGAAUAUUUACACAAAAUUGCGAUAGUAAAACAACAACUAUUUCUUCGGAAUUUGCUCGUGUUUCUUGUAUACCAAAAUUAGCAAGAAUUACAAAACUUCAUUCAAGAUGUCGAACACCGUAUCAUACAAAAAAUAUACAAAAUAAAAGUCCAUUUAAAAUAAUUAAGGAGAGUAUUCACACGCCUCUAGCUGGCAAAUUAUCGGAUUUGAAACUUGAUCAGGAUUUACCAAAGUUUGAAAAUGUGAAUAAUACCGUUACUGAAAUCAUGAAUAGGGAACAAAAAAGAAAUUGCGGUGGCAAAACAGUGGCGGAAAUUCUUCUUAAAGACACUGAGGAGAGGAGAAAAAUUCUUGAGGGAAAAUCAAAUUCACCGGAACAUAUUUAUGAAAUGAUUGUGGAACGUGAUGAUGAUAUUGCAGCAACACACAGUGAUAGUUCAAUAUCGUCAGCUAGUCAACUAUUGGAAAAUCCAUCGCCACUAUCGUGGGCCCUUCAAUCGCCGUCAAAAGAUUUUGAAGGUGAAUUUACAUUACGUAGACAACGUGGAAUACGUCGUAAACGACAUCAGCAAAAGGAGAUGGAAAUUGAAAAAAAUUCUUCAUCCGAAAGUAAACGAGCUAAAAAACAAGGUGAUUCAUUGAAUCAAAAUGAAUCCACGACACAAAUAAAUGAGGAAAUAGAAGAAAUUAUUGAGGAUCCAUUAAUGGAGGCUGUGAAUCGUAAUGUAAAAAGAUGUCCCCUUGAAACGGAUCUUGAUUCAACUUUAGAUGAUAAAUUUGCCGGUGGUUCGACGACAACAUUUUGUGUUGAUAUUCAAAGUCAAUUACUCGAUGAUUCAAGGAGAAAGGCCAGUAGUUUUUGGGAUCUUGAAAGUCCUAAAUCAUCACUUUUAGAUGAUCUUCAUAGUACUAAAUCAUUUUUAAAUUCCGUUGAGAAUACACCUGAGGCGCCAUUAGUUGCAACUGUUAGAAGAUGUUUGAAAUAUAGUCCCGAAAUUGAUCCACCUAAAUCAAAUUCAAAGGGAUCGAUUCAAAUUGAACACUCCGUCCAGGAUGAGCAAAUUCAUCUUAAGGUGAUACGGUGUAAGGAUCUAAGGAGAACUUACGAGGGUCCCAUCUACGCUUAUGUGAAGGCGACCCUCAAAAAUUCUAGUGGAGUGGGUUUAGUGCACAAAAGAACAGCAGUUCACAGGGCGACAUCAAAUCCAUUUUUUCACGAAACUCUAAUUUUACCCUGUCCAAUAAGCAAUAAUAAUUGUUCAAGUAAAUCUACCUCUUUGGAUAUCGCUGUUUGGCACAGGGAUCGACGAGCAAGACGCAGCGAGCUGCUAGGCUGCAUGACUCUACCCCUGCCCCUGUCCCAGGACAAGGAAGCAACAUGGCACCCCUUGGAAGCAGGUUCUGGACGAAAUACGAGCACCCCAUAUGCAGGAAUAACUCAAGAGUGCGGUGUAUCACCUCCUUUAUCAAAAAAUGGAGAGUCAGAUAACAAUAAUUCAAAUGGAGAGGAUCUCACAUACCUUCGACAUUUGGAACUCGAGCCAAUUGAUCCAGUCACGGGACUUCCACUUCAUCCUGGUUUUACAGCAAGAGGUGGAAGAACGCCUUGUACCACAACCAGAAGACUAACAAGGCCGAGUACCGGAAAUCCGAUUCCAUGGGGUUUUUCAUUGUCAUGGGGACGACCGCCACGUGUGGAGCGCGUCGACACGGGAAGUCCAGCAGAAAGAUCAGGAUUAAGGCCCGGCGAUCAUGUGGUUUUUGUGGAGACAACAAAUGUUGUGACACUACCACGAGAGGAAAUUUUGAAUCUAAUUCAAGCGUCGACAAAUCAAUUAAUAUUCGAAGUCUACAGAAAAGGAGGCGUUCAAUCCACAAUAAAUCGACCCAGUUCAGUGAACAUUCAUGCGCCGGCUAGUCAACAGCAUUCCGUCACAUUUACAGCCGAGGUAUUGAAGAAAUCGGCAAUUGUCAAUUUUUUAUUGAGGAAGUUACCAAAAAAAAGGAUUCGUGGCUCGAGAACACUUGGGCCAGUAGAACGAGUUAAUUAUUCGCCAGUAAUUGCAACGGUGUUACCAAACAUUACACCUGAUGCUCCGCCUGAAGAAGAAUUGAAAGUAAGAGAAUCACGUUAUUGUUCAUCAUUGAAGAGUGGUCAAACGAGAUUUCUCACACCUUUAGCUGAGCAAAGAGAUGUUUUAUCAUCAACUGAUCAUAUGAUACUUUUUCAAAAUCUCGAAGAAUUGCUCAAAAUUUCUGAAGAAUUAAAAAAUGAUGGCGCAACUAUUGACAGUUAUUUGUCACGUAUACCGAGGAUAAUUGCCUCCUAUAGACGAUAUCUUAGUGGACUUCAACGAGCAUGUUGCCUUUUAGUUGCACUUAGACGAAAUUCUUCAUUUGCUAAAUUAGUCGUCGAACCCACCGUUCCACGAAGAAGAAAUCCUGAUCUCACUGGAGUAUUGCUUCUUCCACUAGAACAUUACAGAGAGAUGACGAGAUUACUGGGUCUCGCUUGUCCGAGGAAUUGUCAACAGGCGAGGGAUUUAUUGCAAGGUUACAGAGAAGCAACAUCAAACGCAGGAGUUAUGGAACCACCAAGAGAUUCUGGAAAACCUUUAUUGAGUUUACAGGAAAUGGAAUCGAGACUUGUUUUUGCAAGAUGUAAACCAUUUUCCCUCGCCACACCAGGAAGACAAUGGCUCUUUGGUGGCGCGUUGACGAAAGUAGAAAGUCGAGCAUCAUUGCAAUCAACUUGGGCUCUUCUUUUAACUGAUAUUCUCGUAUUUGCAAGAGUUUCACGUGAUAGAGUUUUAUUUGUCACAGAGGAACCUCUUCAUCUAUCGAAUAUUGCGGAAGCUUGUUUCAACGUUCGUAAACGACCCACGGAAUUUCGAUUGCAAAUUGCAUUGGCCCAAAAUGAAAAUGGUCACGUUGAAACAAUUCACACGGGUGGUUGCAGUCCUCACAGUCGUCCAAGAAGAAGAGUUUUAAUCCUUCGAGCACCAACUCCCGAAUUAAAGGCUGUCUGGCACAAUUUACUACAACGGCAAAUAAUUUACGUAAAUACCUGCUGUGAUGAUGCUUCUCUUGUAGAUAGUCCGGAAGAAAAUCAAAACGAUAAUUUUAAUUCCAAAAAUGCAACGAAUGAGUAUCAUGAAGAAUUACAGCAUGAAGAUGAGAAAGAAAAAUUCGAGGAUAGUCUUGAUAUUAUCAAGGAUUCAAAUCAUCUUGCUCAAUGGGUACAAAAUUCCCAUCAAAUUCCAUCACCGGAUCAAGAAAUAUCGCUCGAGGAAUGGACAGCUGAGGAAUUAGCCGCACGAACACCUAGGGAAAAUAUUGAACGAACUUUAGAAUACAAUGCUGAAGAAACUACUACUGUCAAUUCUGAUGUUGAACAACAAAGUACAACAUCUAGUGCAAGUUUAAGUACCGUUAAAUCUAGUACCGUAUCAAAGAAAAAUGGAUCUUAUCAAACGACUAUUAGCAUCUGUAGAAGAUGUCACAAAGUUUAUCGUUUUAGAUCCGGAUGUCCAACACCACCAUUGAUUCGUGAUCCUUUUUCGCCGAUUCCACCGAAAAUUUCCGUAUUGCCACCGACUCCUGAUAUUUGUACGAGGCACAAAACGCGAAAUGGUUUAGUCGACAAUCAAGGACGUGAUAGUCCUGCUAGUGCAUCAGCCGAUGGAAAUACCGAGGAAGGAAGUGAAGAUGAUCUCGACGCCGAUGGAGAACCACCUUACAGAGCAUUGCGAAGAUUUGGAACAUUAAGUAGUUUGGAUCAAGACGAUGAAAUUGAAGAGCCAACUGAGGAGGAAUCACAGGAACAAGAAUCGCCAACUGGUUUUAAAGCGUGGACAAUGAAAGCGAGUAAUUAUGUUGUUAGUAAAAUGACAUUAUUGGAACAUUUUGGUGAUCAAUUUUUACAACCACCGCAACCACCGGAGAGAACGGAAUUUUCAUUAGAUGGACAAAAUGAUGAGGAGGGCACAACAUCGGGUGGUACAUCAGGUGAUGAUAUUUGGGGUACACCAACAUCCGGCGGUCCUGAUGAUGAAAGUUUUACUGCUAGUCCGGUAAGAGAGACAUCAUCUUACCAGAUUCGUCAAUUAUCGAAGCCGCCGAUCAAUGGUACUGGUGCCUUUGGUGAGGAUAAUUUUGCAAUGUCAAAUGAUGAUAACGAUGAAUUGGACAGCGAUGAUUGUCUUCUACCUGAAUUAAAUAUGGAUCAACUUUUGGGUAGUGCAAGUUUAGGAUCGUUAAAAGGCUGUUUCUUGGGUAGAAGACGCCUUGAGCCAUUACCUGAAGAAGAGGAUUCAUCAGCAAGUGGAAAACAACAAGUUGGAUGGUGGUGACAGAGGUUUCCAAAAACGACUUCAAAAAUUGUUGAUUCAACAAUUGAAGAAAGAGGUCGUAAUUUUGCUCGUUUAACACAAGAAGAUGAGGAAUUUCGUCGUAAAAUUCUUGAUCUUCAUCGUAAAUUAUCUGAUGUUGAUGAAGAUACAAUUUCAUCAAGAUCACCUGAUUCAUUGAGACGUUCAGAUAAUAAAAUUGAACGUUUACGUGAAUUAGAAAUGGUUGCAAAACGUGCUGAGGAAACAUUUGAUAAAAAUUCAAUAGAAAGAGAACGUUUUCGUGAAAGUCAAUCAGAUACAAUAACAAAACAAUUGAGAUUUGUUGAUCAAGAUGAUUCGGAUGAAAAAGAAAUUGAAGACACAUCUGGAUUGACAUUUUUAAAUCGUUUAAGAAUACGUAGACGAAGUGUUAAAUUAUUAAGUUUUUUGAGUGGUAAAACUUGUGAUAAAGCACAAGAGGAACGUGCCAAUAGAUUAUUGAAAAUGUACUCUUCGGAUAAAGGAUCCAAGGGGCCGAAUACAAUUUCCAUUCAUCAUACGUCCAGAGAUAGAAGAUUUUGGCGACUACGUAAUCGUAGAAGAUCAAGUUCUGCGUGAGAGAAAAAAAAAAAAAUCUUUUCCCAACUGUCUCUCUUUUUCUCUAUUUUAAAAAAACACCAGGAUCGUUCUUUCUAGAGCGUAGCGCGUGCCAAUAGCGGAAGAUAGUCUAGUAACCUGGGUCUAGACUCUUCUUUAGCCUUUCACGUUUCGAAUUUUUCACAUUUUCGCAAAGGCACUAAAAAAAAGAAAGAAGAAAUUAAAUAUUUGAAUUUAAAAAAA